AUGCGUCGCUUCCUGCGUCAGGUCUUAGCUCGUUUGCCAUUGCACAUCAUGACGAUCGACGGAGCAGCUACAAACCGGCAGGUCAGGCAUCCCAGCUUCGUUUUAGGGGCCCACCGUUUCUGUCGUGGCUUACUAGUUUCGGAAUGCUCAUCCCGAGCUUGCUGUAGAGUGGCCGUGAUUGUCGGCCGUAGGAUUCUGCUGCUUGCCAUUAUGCGCUGGUAUAUCACGGCGAGUGCCGAUUGGGGAGCGAUAGCAUUUGGCUGCUCAACACCUCUGCGUCGCAAAAGAUUCACCAAGUCGCAAUGA